AUGGCCUUGGUGUGUAGCCCAAUUCCACCAGACCGUCCAGUGGACCAGUCAACAACACUGCUGCAAACCUGCCAACAGAUUCAUUUAGAGGCACUCCCAUGCUUCUACAAGAGCAAUGUCUUCAAGGUGUCUAGCCCCAGGGCGGAUAGUCUGAUUUGCUCACCUAUGGCCUGCCGCGUCAUACGCUCCUUAUGGAUCGAUAUACGGCUUAAAGAGGCAUAUGGAUGCUGGAUGUGUGAUAGAUCGGUCGAGCUCUACUUUGAAAAGGACCAGUGGACGAAAACUGUCGAGUUCAUAAGAGACCAAAUGCCGGAGCUGCGGCACCUACAUGUCAACUUUUAUCGACGGAAGAAUAGUAUGCGAGCGAGGUAUUGCAAACUCCUUUUUGAGGAGAGGGUAUACCCGAGCUUGAUGAAGAUGAGGGAAAUGCCUUGUUUCCAGCUGAUGUUGAACUUUAACUCGGUGGUUCCAGACAAGGCGCCAUUCAAAGUGAUAUAUGUAGCAAAGGAAGGCUACGAAACCGGGGAUGAAGUGGUGAAUGAGGAUGAGGACGAUGGAGAGUAUGAAUGGCUAGAUGAAGUCAAGGACCCGGAGGAUAUAGACGAAUGGACGGUAUCAUUUCACUGA